GAUGCUUACACUGCUCUGUAUUGUCCUGCUCACAUCACAUGUCCUUUCUGCCGACCAAUCGUUGAAGUGCAACGAAAGAACCGAGUAUGCUGAGAAUCAGCAGUGCUGCAAAAAAUGUAAACCAGGACAGUUCAUGGAUGAGAAAUGUGGAACAAGCUCACGAGAUACCCAGUGCAAGCCGUGCGGAAAUGGCUUCUUUACAAAUGAAUAUAAUAUUAAAUAUAAAUAUUGCUCUCCUUGCACAAAAUGCACCAAAGAACAUAUGAGGUAUAAGAGGACCUGUACGACAACAGGUGAUGCUGAGUGUACAUGUGAGGAUGGUUAUAAAUGCAGUAGCAACAAAUGCGAGAAAUGUGAGAAAGUCCUGAAAACUACUCCUCCUACUAAAAUACCACCGGUCACCAAUGUUAUGCCAUUUGACAACCGUCUGACAACUGGUUACAAUUGCCAUGACAGCAAAUGCAGGAUGAGAUUCCAGAAAACUACGACUUCUCCACCGGCCACCAAUGAUAAUGUGUGGAUCUCGGUGAGUCUGUGUUUAGCGUGUGUGUGUCUGUGCUUUCUGUUCCUCUGUCUCCUUCUCACCAGCAGACAUGCACAACCAUGUGGAUGGAUCAUGUCAGCAUCAACCGGUUUCUGGUACUAUACGAAGAGCAACUCUUUAUCCAGUCAGUGCACAGAGGAAGAAAAGGUCCCAAUGCCAGUGCAGGAGAUGUGUGGGAAGACCGAGAAACUGGAGGAUGUCUGAGAGAGGAGAAAGAAGACCACUGGUGCGUCUGAGUAUUGAGUAUUUACUCUAGUACAAACCUGCUGCUGCCAUUUACUCUGCACUGAGGUGGAUCAUCCAGAUUGUUACGAGAGAACAGAAUGACGGUCCAUCCUGAGAAAUGCUGAGACGGAGAGAGAUUUGAGCUCCCACUUCACAUAAAGACAAACACAACUUUUCACAUACAGCUCAUUUUCUUAUAACAAAUGUGUUUUCUUUUCUGUGCACUUGUUUGUAUUUAUAACUGGGGUGUUUGCGCACAAUGUGCCCCUGGACUUUUUUAAGAUCAAGAUUUUUCAUUCAAAUGUACAUUUGAAGAAUUGUUAACCUCUCUGAAUUAUUAGCCCAAUGGUUUGCUUUGUAGACACUCUAACAAAAAUAUUACUUAAGAGGGCUAAUAAUAUUGACCUUAAAAAGU